CUCUCACAUUCUACAGCCUUCCAAGAUGCAUUUUCCAGGUGACUGAGGUCUAGGAGGAUUAAGCAACCAUAAGUUCUUUAAUGGAAAUCAUAUUCCUGCCAUAUUAUUUAUACUCACAAGGAUACUGGAAAUUACUUUAAAGCACCAGAUCCUAUCACAGAAGUACUCAGGCAUCCAUCAACUCAGGAUCUUAAAGGGACUCAUUGCUAUUGCGGUAUAUGACGGAGGAACCAUAGUGAAUUCUACAGAAGAUGAAAGACCGCCUUCAAGAGCUUAAACUGCGAGCAAAGGAACUACAGCUAUUGGAAGAAAACAGCCAUGUUCCUAGUGUUGUGUCAGAUGAACAAGCAGAGUUUGAACAAUCAGCUGUUAUUUUUGAAAAGGAGCCCGUAACAGAAAGAUACCUGAAUGAAAUCCAGAGACUUCACAAUGAUAUCAACGAUUUGGCAGAAGAUGUUCAAAAGUUUAGUCAGCAACAAAAGAGCCUAGUAGCUUCCAUGAGAAGAUUCAGCAUUCUUAAAAAGGAAUGCAGUGUUACAAGAGAGAUAAAAAUUCAAGCAGAGCACAUUAGCAAGUGUUUGGAUGACUUGUCAAAAACAGUGAAAAAGGCAGAAAAAGAACACGGUUCAUCAUCUGCUGUUGUAAGGGUUCUUAGUUCUCAGCGUGCUGUCUUAUUCCACCGCUUCCAAAAUAUCAUGUUUCUGUACAAUGAUGCUAUAACUGCCAAGCAAGAAAAAUGUAAGACCUUUAUUGUACGUCAGCUUGAGGUGGCUGGAAAAGAUGUAUCCGAGGAAGAAGCCAACGAUAUGGUUCAACAAGGAAAAUGGGAAAUUUUUAAUGAAAACCUACUUACCGAGGUUAAGAUUACUAAAACUCAAUUAUCUGAGAUUGAACAAAGACACAAAGAACUGAUCAAUCUUGAAAACCAGGUGAAAGAUUUAAAGGACGUAUUCAUCCAAAUCUCACUUUUGGUAGAAGAACAGGGAGAAAUUGUCAACAGCAUUGAAAUGGAAGUACUUAAUACUCAAGACUAUGUUCAGACAACAAGAGAGAAGUUCAGACUAGCGGCCAAGUACCGAAAGAAAAAUCCUUGUAGAGCAAUAUGCUGUUGGUGCUUCCCCUGCUGUACAUAAGGGUCUUCCCAGGCAAUUCAUCUUCAUUGCACUAGCCUUGAUCCAACACCAGCAGCUCAAUUUGCCACCCGUGUGUAAAAAUGUGAGGAAAAGGGUAGCCUUGCUUCCAUACUAUCAAGCAUAGAUGCAUUUUUUUCUUCUCCACCCCACCCUCAAACUGUGUGCACUUUAAAGCUGAACAGGGAAGAAGGCACCGAAAACAAAGAAAAGGGGAAAUUAGUACUGUUGGGGAGUCCUGUGGUUAUUUGCCACUUGCAACCAUUUUUAAAAGCUAGUCAUGACUUCCUUUAAGGCAGUAAAGAAAAGUGGGAAUGCCCCAUGUCUUAAGAUCUUCUAAAAUAUGUCUUAAUAUGUGAACAAGGUAAUGCUGAGAUUAAGAAGAAGGAGUUAUGUUACAAGUCACAGGUCACUAAUGAUGUUACAGGACUACUUUACAGGUACCUAUGAUAAUGUUCCACACAGCACUUAGCAUCAGAAUAGAUUCACACUAGGUGGCAAUUUUAUUCAGCAGUUUAGAAAGAGAAGCAAAACUGCAGAACCACUGCAAUAGUAACUGGAACAGUACCUUGAAGAGCUUAGCAAAACCAGUAACCACGGGAUAUUCCCUGCUGUGAAAACAGAUUGUCUAGAAAGGCUGUGUUUGAAACAGUUUGUGGCUAGAUUCUGGCUGACCCUUUCAAAAAUGGCAACCUGUUUGAAAACAGAAGCCAUAUUGAAAUAUACUAUAAGCCAGCAAGACAAAACGUUGCAAACAUAAUGUACAGUAAAGGCUCAGAGCUGCUCUAUGUGUUGCACCUUUUCUUUCAUGUUAUCUGUACAAGUAAAAAAUUGCAAGUUCUAAGGAGAUAAGCUCAUAACAGAGGUCUCAGUUGAUACAUUAAGACAUAAAGCACAUUGGUAGUUUGCUCACCAAUGUAAAUGCUGUUUCAGAAAUAAGCUGGAGUGAACACAUCAUGUAUUUUACCCAAAUUUGUGUUUGCGUCAGUCUAAAAUGUUAGAACACCAGCAGCAUAGCUGUUUUUGUUAAACAAAAUGAGUCAACACUGGAUUUAAAUUCUUUCUUAGGGAAGAGAGCUUAGAAGGAAGGUACAAUAAACAGAUAAAUCAAGGCUACUUCACAUAUUGUAUCGUGACAACGUAUUUGCCACAGCAUGUACACAUGGAGGCAGCUAUGACCAAUUCCAGUUCCCAGGCACAAGGGUUCAUAUAAUUUAAAAAGUAGCAAAAACAAAAUUGGGAUUGUGUACAUAGACUGGGAGAGUUUAGGUAUGCCCAGACUUUUGGUCUAAUCAAUGGGAUGCCGACUUUUUUUUUCAACCCCCCCCCUUCCAUUCCAAGAAACACUUUUGUGCAUACCUUUAAUUUUAAAAAUGUUGCGUUAUGUAGUAUAGGAAAAGAGGGAUGCAGUUGAAUAAACAGAAACUAAACAUUCCCUUCAUGCACAGAACUAACUGUAAGGUACUUUGGAUCCCAGCCUCAACUUUUGUGUGAGUGUACAUUUUUAAAAGCUAGCUAUGAAACAGGAAAUGAUAUAAAAAGUAUCUUUAAACAAAAGUAAUUGCAAGAUUUUUCCUAUCACCCACCUCAUAAGGCAGAACAAAGAAGUUGCAUUAGAUAUUAAAAAGCAAGAUCCCACACUGUCACUUUGUUACCAGUCUAUGACAGGCUGGUUUGCAUUGAGGAGGCUUUAACUUGCGACCCAAAAAAAUCAAAGUAGAAUUGUAAUUAUUUGGAGGCAAACAGGCAAAUUGCCUGUAAGACAAUUUUUAUGCUGUCAGCAACUUUAGCACUUCUUAGUUGUCAUAUUAUCACAUUUCACAAAUGCAAAUUUUAUUUCUUUAAAAAGCUAUUUAUUUGCACUUAGAGGAUGGCAAGACUUAAGAAACUAUUUCCAUAAAGUCAGUUUGUUAUGUAAAGUGCAAAUCUAUCACUAGCAUGAGACAAGUGUGAAUGCAUGUGUGGGAAAGAUUAAAUUAAACAAUGCUGGCAAUUUACAUAUCAGAGAACUUUGAAGAAAUAGAGUUUUGUUGUAAUCACAAAGGAGGAAAACAUUUAGAAUGUGCAGCAGAAAUGUUAAAAUGGAAGCAGGCCUAAAACAAGCGUAGAAGUUUUGGUAGAACUCUAGGUGGAGAAACUGUAGACAUUUUAAGGGCAGGAGUGGAAAUGCUUUUUAUUUCGCAUAUAGUGAUUUUAUAAAAGUUUAUUAUGUGCAACACUUAACACAUUUUACCAAAAAACAGACUGACAAUUUUAAAGAAUGCAGACUACAUUCAGACAAGAUUUGAAUUCAGACACAAAACUGAGAGUGAGUAUGGUUGCCACUUGCUAGGUCCCCUGAAG